AUGAUUAGAGGAAAUGGGCCUAUGAUGCAGAAUGCGGAAGACAUAAGCGUCCACCACGUGACGGAGAUGGUUCAGCUGAACGUUGGUGGCAGAAGGUACUGGACUCUCUUCGAAACAUUGGUGCGCUCGAAGAGUUCCUUCUUUUCCUUAAUCAUGCGAAUUGACAACAUUUCAGGCAAAGUACUAUUGUUUAAGAAAAACUACACGGUGGAUUCAGAAGGGGCGAUCUUCAUAAAUCGCGAUGGGGAUUUGUUCGCGCAUGUGCUUCAGUUCAUGAGGGACGGAAAACGGGCAGUGCUUCCAGAAAGGAUUGACAUUCUAAAGCAACUCAUUCGUGAGUCGGAGUUUUUCGGAAUGGAAAGUUGGAAGGGUGUACUGACUGAACAACUAGAAACCGCGGAAAGAAACGAAAAUGAGAUCCGUGAAAUUUUGGCCGGCAUCGACGCGCACGUCGGUCGUCUCACGGACAGCAUCUAUUUCAAUGGAUUCAAGAAGUGA